AUGACACUUUCCCCUCCCCAGACAGUUUCUCGCUGGCCGCAUUUUCCGGUUUUGGAAUUUCUACACGGAAAGCAAGCAACAAAUUUGCAGACUGAAAUCCUGAGACCUGACCAUAGAAUGGCAAGACUGACAAGCUUACAGUGGGAGAUGAGAGUGCUAGGAUGUAUACUGCUUGUUUACUUUUCAACAGGUACAAGAUUCUAUCGCAUGAAUAUUUUAAAGCAAGUCUAACGGGCCGCGUCUUUUACAAGCUUGUCAAAUUUUAAACCGCUGAGAUUUUCAGUGAUUUGACAGUCUUGUCUUUUUCAUGAUGGAGCUGAUUUUGUUCUAUUGAUAAAUUAGAUUGAAGUGAUCAAGGCUUUUCAACCCCCAUCGUCACUAAUUGUAAAGUUAUUAUAACAUUUUAAAAGGGAUGGCCACAUGACAGAGUCGUCUGAAAACGAUAUCAGGCGUUGUGCAGUUUUAGUUUGGAGUAUUUUGAAUCGUUACAAACAAUGGCAAGUAAGGAAUAAAGAGAACUAUAACACGCAAAAUACUUUAAUGACCAAUGAUGCUACAAGAACAGGUAGAAAAGAAAAACACGACAACAACACCAAGGAAAGUUUAUUUAAAUAAUCACUUAAUUUACUCAUUAUCUGUGUGUUUCUUGUUUCUUGUGUGUGGUUUAUGGGCCAAUUCAUGGCCGUGUAAUGGUUUUUAGGGUGGAUAUAGGAAAGGAAAGGACGUUUAACAGAGAAAUCAAACUGGUUUCACUAAAACUUAUUAAAUGACCAUAAAUCAGCUCAAGAACUACACAAUUACAGUGUGACUACUGUAACCGGGGCCACCUAGACAAAGUUUACCAAUUGGAUUACAGGAAAAUAACAGUACAUUCUGAGAAAGUUAGUUGUUAGUCACAAUAAUAUCACAACGAAACCGAACCAUCAACAUGGAUCGAAAUCAGGCAGUUAUUAAAACCCCCCAGGGGCCCCACUCACAUAUUUUAAUGACGGGGGGGUCUGAAGGAUUUUUUUGCGUCUGACAUUUUGGCCAAAAGGGGUUUUUUUUUGGGUCUAUGAAAGACGCCGGGAUUUUUUUGGGUUGCGAAAACAACAGAGGGAUUUUUGGGGGUGUUGUAUUUUUCAUCAGCUCAAAUCAAAAAUAACAUAAGCGCAAAUUUAUAGUUUUGUUUUUGACCAAAACCAAAGUUGAAGUUGGCAUGUUUUAGCUUUCCAGAAGAUAAAUAAUUAGCCUGAGUAUCAGGCGUUUCUGGGGGAAAAGGGGAAAGAUGGAAACGAAAAAGGGAGAGAGUAUCAGGCGUUUCUGGGGAAAAAGGGGAAAGAUGGAAACGAAAAAGGGAGAGAGCUGAAGGAAAGAAACGCCUGACACAGAUGCUUUUACUGUAGCCUUCCACCCCCACACAGCAUGAUUCGAUGCCAUCCAAUCAAAAUCACAUCCGGUCAUUGCGGUUGUCAGCUUCACCUGUCAAAAAGCUCGCCUAAAAUAAAUCUCACCUAACGAUCUGGCUUAGCUCCGGUGCUUGUGUUGCUACGAUUUCGCUUUUUCUAAAACCUCCAAUGAGCAGUUUUCGAAUACUUGUAAUGGAAAACCUGCCGUUUUUGAGGAAUUAUAACAUGUUUUAGGAAUUGUGCUAAUGUAAGAUCGCCAACGCUCUGUUUGUAAAUAAACGUGUGCCCGGAAAACUGUAAAUUGCUUUUGUUUACAGAGUUACAACAGCGGCGCGGUUAAUAAUCAGUUUCCUGAGAGUCUGGCAGCCAAAAAGCUGAUGUAGAUCAGGCCGAAAAUCGUCCGAGGGAAAAUCUAAAGUCAAGCUAAAGCCUUGGUGCUGUGGAAAAUCUAAAGUCAAGCUAAAGCCUUGGUGCUGUCGGCUAUUCUCAAUACAUGGCUACCUCGCUCUAAUUUUAUUUACAGUAACAAUACCCUUUUAAUGGCAGGAUGUUGUUUUGUCCCGGUCUAGUGAAACUAAUGCUCGGACAUAGUUUCGGCAGAAGCUGGUAUAUGAGGCUUUUCCAUACUCCGAGAACAUCUUCCCUUUUAACUACGAGGCUUUGAAUUUUUGCUCGGGUUUUAUUUUUAUUCCCGGAAAGAACUUGAGAGCGCCCUCUAGAGCCUCUUUGAAUUCCUCUCUGCGUCUCUAUCCAUAAACUUACCACAUGAAAUCAAAACACUGUGCUCGUGUUUACUUGCGGUCGGUGACGUCAGGGCGUAUUGUGUGUUAUCCAAUCACUGCCACAUCCAGAUUCUGGAUGUGUCACACGAUUUGCUGAAUGGUUUUGUGUCAGGCCUUCCUUUCUCUUCUCCCUCCUCCCCCCUCCCGCAUCUAAAAUCUCCUCUCCCCUUGCUUCUUAGGAAGGCCUGAUACUCAGGCUAAUAAAUAAUAAAAUUUGCUGGUGCAAAAACACUGAGGGAUUUUUUUGGGUAUGCUAAAAAAAGUAGGGAUUUUUUUGGGUAGACAAAUUCUGAAGUUGGGAUAUUUUUGGGUAUAAAAUAUGAACCUCUGUCGGACCCCCCCGUCAUUAAAAUAUGUGAGUGGGGCCCCUGGGUAAAACCCACAGUGAGGCGCAACCUUUUGAACCCACUGAAGAAAGCCUGUGUUUCCUGAGAGGUCCAUUAGAGUGAAUGACUCAGGCGAAAAACGUAAGCGUUAGUAAUAUUUUUGACUUGAGGUAGCAUGUUAAAGCAAAGCGCGGCAAUGGUAGCAAAGAAAUUGCUGGUAGAUGACAAAAUACAAGCUUGUGUUAAAUAAAUAUGUCUCCUGGGUGUUGUAUGUAAUGUUUUGAAAGAAAACCAUUGUCUGGUAAAACAAUUUGCUUCCUUGAAAAACGUUUCUUAUUGAUAUUUAAAUUUUGUAGUUCGAGUAACUUAUUUUUUUUCUACGAGCUGCUGAUUGGCCCUCAACCAACUUUCUUGGAAUGUAUUGUUAUUUUCCUGUAAAUUAUACGCGCCGAUUGGUCAAUUUUGUCUCAGUGGCCCCGGCUACAGUAGUCGCACUGUAACAAGGAACAUACCAUAAUUAUUGAACCAAAGUAAGUACAGUGGAACCUCAAUAUAACAAAGGAGGUUUUGUUAUUUCCAGGUUUUUUUCCAUAUAUUUUACUAUCACUGGGGCGAGAAAUAUGGUUUGUUAUAUUGAGGACUCCAUUAUGUAGAGGUUCAUUGAAGCCCCUCCAUGUAUAAGCCCCUCUUAAUAUAAACCCCUCAAACCCGUAAUGCAAAAAACCCUUCAUUAAAUGGCCCCUCCGAAUAUAAGCCCCUUGGGGGCUUGCACUUGAAAACAGUGCCCUCAAAUACAAAGUAAAACAAAGAAAAAACGGUAAAUUUCCUUCGAACUAUAAGCUAGCCUAAUUGAUUUUGAAACACAAAUUUCCCUCCAUACAUGCCCAUCUGAAUAUAAGCCCCUCCAAAAAGAAGCCCCUCAAAAAGGGCCUUUGAAAAAAUUCAAGCCCCGGGGCUUAUUUUCAGAAUUUUACUGUAAGUUCCACUGAAAAUUCCUUGAGUGGAGCAGGCAUUGUGCAGUCGAAGUGGUGAGUAAGCACGUACCACCCACCAAUGUGACCUGGGUGCAAGCAAUAGCAUCAGUUGCUCAGUGUAUAAUGUACAUUUUAAGCCAUAUAUCUCAAAAGUAGCGACUGCAAUGGCCACUGUAAAUUAGAAGGAUUUGUAUGAGAAAAACAACUCUUACCACCCAGUCACUCUUGAGUGGUUUUCUAUAAAACUCCUUGUAAAUUCUGAAAUUUUUAAAGUAAUAUAUCAAACAUGAGAUGCAGUGUUUCAUCACCAGAUGAAACACCGAGAAGAGAGUUGAAAAUACGACGCGCAGCGGAGUAUUGUUGACGAACUUCGAGGUGUUUCAUCUGGUGAUGAAACACUGUGUCGAAUGUUUGAUAUUUCUUCUCAAACAAAAUCAUUUUUGAAGGAGAAAUUAAGGAUGCAAAUACUAAGCAGUGUUUCAUCCGAUUUCCAAACACUCAUUAAACAUUAAUUUCCUUUGUAUUUUCUUAAUGAAUUAUUAAUGAGUUUGAGAACUAUUGUUAAAUCUUUCGCUUACACAUUUAAGGGCUCAAAGUGCCAUUGAUUAAAAGGAGAUUUCAGCCCCGUAGUGCUUAAGAAAAUAUUUCACAACAGUUUGAAAGUUUCGAAAUUUACCAGGAUUGGUAUGGAAAACCAUUCAAGCUUGACUGAGUGGCAAGAGUUGUUUUUCUCAUACAAAUCCUUCCAAUUUUUGGCAGCCAUUGCAAAAUCGCUACCUUUGAGAUAUACAGCUGAAAAUUUACAGGUUACCUAAUUUUAAUAUGCUCUUUCAGGUAGUGCUAACAAAAUUUUUCAAAAGCAAACUGUUGAUCAUGUGAUCAACUAAUGCCAGAUUGUAGCCAUCUUGAAUUCCAGUUUGAACUACAACAUAAACAAACCUAUAUAUUUUUGUAUAUUUUUAGUCAUUUUGGAAUAGUUAUCUUUUCUCAGAAUUUCUUUGUCUGUAUAAUAAUUUUUUGUAAUCUUAACAGGGACAGUUUCUUCUGAAAGUUCCAUAGUACCUGUGAUCAUCACAUCGCCUGCAACUGCUGACACUAAAUCUACCAGUAAAAUUGCAUCUACAACAGUAUCGCCUACUACAACAUCAUCAACUACUCCAACAAGUACAACUUCCACUCCUCCUCCAAAAGCCUCUAUUGUCCCCACUGCAGCUCGAAUCUCAAGUGGCAGAAAAUUUGAUGGUGCUUCGUUUAUUGGUGGAAUAAUUUUGGGAAUGGUUUUGACAGCAAUUUUUAUUUUGGCCUAUAAAUGGUGGCAAAAAAGAAACAAGAGCUAUCACAGCUUGUGA